AUGAAUUUACAUAAUUUACUGGGUGCUUUAGCGUGGAAAACCGCAUUGGUUGGAUCUGUGCAGACCAUCGUCGACUCAAGAUUGGAGUAUGUCAAACUCGGCGCGGAGCUGAUUUCCUUUCAUGAUUAUGACAAUCUUAACGAUGCCAUCGACUAUGGCCGCUUCAUCCUAUCCAAGGGGCGCGAGAAUUUGGGGGAUCAAGCCAGUAAAGGAGAGAAUGCGUCUGCGAACGGAGAAAAUGGAAACACUCCACUUACCCGAGUUGCAGGUUUGAAGACUCAGACUCGCAAAUACUGA